AUGGCGGCCACGCCGCCAACAUUACCAAGACCGAGAGCUCAACCCAAUGCCACGCCAGCGGGCCCUUCAAAGGGGCGCCUCGUGAUCGCCCUGAACUCGAAACCGCGCGACUAUGUCCCCAACUCAGGCCCCCCGGCCCCUCGUGUGACCCUCCUCCCGCCCGAAGAUUCUACCGCCUACAUCACGAGCCGCCUCUUCCUCCCGCCAAAGGGCCUCGCAGAAAAAGAUGGGAAGCCGCUACCGAAACGGAUGAUAUACGUCAUCGGGUGGCGUGAUCUCCCAGCGGCGAGCAUGACGGUCCCGGUGAUGGACGUGCUGGAUUACGUUUCGCCCGCGGCGCUUGAGAAGUGGGAGUCGGAGAACGAGGCGAGGCUGGACAUCGAGCGCGAGGAGAUCGACAGGGAGUGGGAGGAGCUGCAGCAGAGGGAGAAGGAAGCAGCCGAGGCGCACAGCGGACAGGCGCAGCCGACCAAGAAGCGCAAACGAGGACGACCGCGAUUGCAGCCCACCUCCACGGCUGAUAUGGAGACGGACGACGACGCGCAGGCGCCGCUUAAAGGGGGUGCCCUUGCGCUCUCGACGACACCUAAGAAGAAUCUUUUGAAGGAAUUCGAGGGCUUGGAUGGCGACGACGUGAGCCCCACGAGGCUGGCUGGGAGGCUUGUCCAGGGCAUGGAGGACGUUUCCGAUUCGCAGAGUGGGCAGGAGAUGAUGGAGGUGGAGGAGUUCUAUGACGCCGAGGAGGAGGUACAGACUCAGCUGCCUUCGGUAUCGCCGAGCGAUCAGUCGCUGGAGGAGCAACCUGAAUUGGUAUCAGAUAACUUGGAAUUUUGGGACCAGCCGGCUGUGCAGUUUACUCCUGCUGCGGCGGAACUUUCCUCGAGUCUUGCUACUAAAGCAACGCUUAAUGAUAAUUCCAAAGAACCCAAUUUGGCACCCUGGAAACCAUUUGGUGCAAACAGAACCUUUCCGCAUUUUUCAUCCAACGAUGUUUCCUCACGCAGCUCUCCGAUACCGCUGCCUGAAGCUCCUCAGCAAGUUGGCUUGGAGACACUAUUAGAUCACACAAAAGAAACGACACCUGAAAAGGUGGGGAAGAAAAAGAAAAGAGUCUCGUCUCAUCUUCCAGCCCCCCCUGCCAGGCAAGAUGAAGAAAGAGAGUGGGUAGUAGAGCGAAUCGAGGAUUGCAACGAGUACGAAGCGGAAAGCGGGGAUAUCGUUCGGUACUUCAAAGUACGCUGGGAAGGCAACUGGCCCGAGGAUCAGAACCCAUCAUGGGAGCCGGAAGAGAACCUACCCCCAAAGCUGGUACGAAACUGGUUCAAAAAGGGAAAGAGGAAGAUAAAGCCCUGGAAACCGAUGGAAAAGAAGACGCCCAAGCGCAAGAUGAAACAGACCACCUUAUCAUGGGCCAAGGCGACGCAAUAUAGCAAUGUUAGCGAAGCUUUUGCCGGCGAAGAUGAGCACGGCAAGGCACCUGGCGCUAAUGAUGGCGACAGGCGAGAUGAGGAUAUACUCGACAAUCUAGACGGGACGAAUAACGAUGCAAAUACGCCGACUGGGGGGUUCAGUCAAGAUGAGGACGAACUGUUCGUCGUGGAUGACAGAUCGAGUGUUUUGAGCACACCACGCUUUGGUUGGGGCAAUACUGGGAAUAGACUCUCUCUUUUCGGGACAUGA